CGCGCUUAUUCAUACUUUCUCCCUCUUUCCUGCCAUUAUAAAACCACUCACGCAUUUCACCAAUCCAAUAUCCAUACUCAUGAUUUCCAUCUUCUCUGCACUCACACACACACAUUAACUGUGAUAUGUACAUGCAUAUACCUCUAUACACAUUCUUCUCAACGAAUUUGCAUUAGAGAUCAACAAACUACACGAUAUUUUUCUCCAAAUCGCAUCAAUGGCGAUUUCUCUGAAAAUCAUCCAGCUUUCAGCAUUUCUCACUCUGCUGUUGCUUGCCAAUGCAAUUGCCCACGCAGAUAGCGUUGAAGAAAUUCGGAAGCUGAAAAGCAUCAGAAACUCAACAAUGGCGGAAAGGUUGGAGGAAUUUAAGCACGACGACGCUGUAGACGAUCCAGAAGCUGUCGCGGCCAUGGUUAAUAUGGCUACCCGAAACAGCACCGAGCGAAGGAAGCUAGGAUUCUUCUCGUGCGGAACGGGUAACCCGAUGGACGACUGCUGGCGGUGCGACCGCAACUGGAUGCGCAACCGCCGCCGCCUGGCUGACUGCGCCAUCGGGUUUGGCCGCAACGCAGUGGGCGGGCGCGACGGGCGCUACUACGUGGUGUCCAACCCCGGCGACGACGACCCGGUGAACCCUCGGCCGGGAACCCUCCGGCACGCUGUGAUCCAGGACCGGCCUCUCUGGAUCGUGUUCAAGCGCGACAUGGUGAUCACUCUCAAGCAAGAGCUCAUCAUGAACAGCUUCAAGACCAUCGACGGCCGCGGCGCCAACGUCCACAUCGCCAACGGCGCCUGCAUCACCAUUCAGUUCGUCACCAACAUCAUUAUCCACGGCCUCCACAUCCACGACUGCAAGCGCACCGGCAACGCCAUGGUCCGCAGCUCGCCCACCCAUUACGGCUGGCGGACCAUGGCCGACGGCGAUGGCAUCUCCAUUUUUGGGUCGAGCCAUAUUUGGAUCGAUCAUAAUUCCUUGUCUAGCUGCACUGAUGGCCUCAUUGAUGCCAUCAUGGGAUCCACUGCCAUCACCAUUUCCAACAACUAUUUCACUCAUCAUAAUGAGGUGAUGUUGUUAGGCCAUAGCGAUUCGUAUGUUCGGGACAGAGUUAUGCAAGUGACCAUUGCCUACAACCACUUCGGAAUCGGCCUCAUCCAGAGGAUGCCCAGGUGCAGACAUGGAUAUUUUCAUGUUGUGAACAAUGACUACACAUCUUGGGAGAUGUAUGCGAUAGGUGGGAGUGCUGAUCCCACCAUCAACAGCCAGGGCAACAGAUAUUUAGCCCCAGCCAAUCCUUUUGCCAAAGAGGUUACCAAGAGAGUAACCAACUUAGGCAGCAACAGAUGGAGGCAUUGGAACUGGCGAUCGGAGGGCGAUCUCAUGCUCAACGGAGCAUAUUUCAGGCCUUCCGGGCGUGGUGCUGCAGCCAGCUACGCCAGGGCUUCCAGCCUGGCAGCCAAGUCGUCGUCCCUGGUUGCCACACUGACCUCCACGGCCGGUGCACUUCGCUGUCGGAGGGGCAUGGCGUGCUGAUAUGUGUGCCCAUUUUGCUCAUUUGGAAAUUGAACAGUUCCCACAUAACAACACAUCUCCAUCCAAAUGAAAUUAAUUUCUUCUGGUAAUAAGUAUAAUAUAUGAGCUAUAGCUUAUCCCUCUCUUCCUCUCCCUCUUCGAAACCUUACCAUACAUCUCUUGCGCUAAGCGUAUCUUUCAAAAUCUGAUGAUCAACCAACCCCUGCUCCGGCCUGUUUCUUCAACUUUGGUAUGUUUCGAGGUAUUUUUGCAGAAGCGUUGGUUCUCGCCAUUUUUAGUGUGAAAUGUCUUGAUCACACACUCUUCUGAAUCUUGUUAUAUACACGUUUCAGGCAGAAAGGAGAAGAAUAAAUAUUUCAAAAAAUGUUGCAUCACCAGUGUAAUUAUGCUUCAUAUUUAUCUAUAAUUGAGAGUUUGUAUAUCGAA